AAUUUCUGUUUUUUUUUUCAGGGUAACUGGUGGUGAAUUAUUCGAAGACAUUGUAGCAAGAGAAUUCUACUCGGAAGCGGACGCGUCACACUGUAUACAACAAAUUUUAGAAUCUGUCAAUCAUUGUCACCAAAACGGUGUAGUUCAUAGAGAUCUCAAGCCUGAAAACCUGCUGUUGGCCAGCAAACAGAAGGGCGCCGCCGUCAAGCUCGCCGACUUCGGCCUGGCCAUCGAAGUCCAGGGGGAGCAGCAGGCGUGGUUCGGCUUCGCAGGCACGCCCGGCUACCUCUCGCCCGAGGUGCUCAAGAAGGAGCCGUACGGCAAGCCGGUGGACAUCUGGGCGUGCGGCGUCAUACUGUACAUCCUGCUGGUGGGCUACCCGCCCUUCUGGGACGAGGACCAGCACCGGCUGUACGCGCAGAUCAAGGCGGGCGCCUACGAUUAUCCUAGUCCAGAAUGGGACACAGUAACUCCAGAAGCAAAGAAUCUCAUCAAUCAAAUGCUCACAGUCAAUCCAGGAAAAAGGAUCACUGCUGCAGAAGCUCUCAAACACCCAUGGAUUUGUCAAAGAGAACGGGUCGCUUCAGUUGUCCACAGACAAGAAACUGUGGACUGUCUCAAGAAAUUCAACGCAAGGCGCAAACUCAAGGGUGCUAUCCUUACUACUAUGUUGGCUACUCGCAAUUUCUCAAGUCGGAGUAUAAUAGUGAAAAAAGGAGAAGGCUCUCAAGUGAAGGAAUCUACAGAUAGCUCCACUACAUUAGAAGAUGACGAUAUAAAAGAGGAUAAGAAAGGUGGAGUCGAUAGAAGUUCUACUGUUAUAGCCAAAGAACCCGAAGGUCCCGGUACUCCCCCUCAGUCUCCAAGAAUGGUCACGUCGAUUUCCUCUGGUUCCCCAUCCAGUUCUGUAGCUGCCCCCCCACAGGCCCCCAGACCGAACGCUUUCAAUUUGGGCCAAGCUUUGCUGCAAGGCGUUCAAGCUAGACGUCAAGAAAUCAUCAAGAUGACCGAACAAUUGAUAGAAGCAAUAAAUACUGGCGAUUUUGAAGCAUACACGAAAAUAUGUGAUCCGCAUUUGACAGCCUUUGAGCCAGAGGCCAUGGGCAAUUUAGUAGAAGGCAUGGAUUUCCAUAAAUUUUAUUUCGAUAAUGUACUGGGAAAAAACUGCAAAGCGGUGAAUACAACUAUACUGAACCCUCACGUUCAUUUAUUAGGUGAAGAUGCUGCAUGUAUUGCCUAUGUUAGGCUAACACAGUAUAUGGACAAGUAA